GCAUCGAUAGUGGUCAACGGCCGGUCCACCAUUCCCCUCUCGCCCCCACAUCUCAUCCUUUUGCUCUAAAAAGCUGCGGGCCGACCACCGCGCUUCCUCACACCCUUCCAGCUCGCGACGCCACCUGAGACCUAACCACCUCGGCUGCUAGUGCUAGACGGGCACGGCCUCGCCGACUCCUUCUUCCAUCAGGGUUUGGUCUCAUCUGUGGGAGCUCACGCUCUUGGAUCCAAGUUCAGGUUUGAUCUGUGAGGAAGUUCGAUUUGCAACUCUGCAGUGCUAUUCCGAACCGGAAGCUUGAUCAUGGAAGGGGCCACUCCCACUCCCGCUCCCUCAAACACAAGGAUUGCUGUGGUCACCGGCGGGAGCAAAGGGAUCGGGCUGGAGGCGUGCAAGCAGCUGGCAGGCGGCGGCGCCAUCACCGUUGUUCUGACGGCCAGGGAUGAGGCGAGGGGGACGGCGGCGGUCGAGCAGAUCAAACGGCUGGGCCACGCAGAUGUCAUCUUUCAUCAGCUAGACAUCACGGAUGCUUCCAGCAUCGCUCGACUCGCAGAUUUCAUCAAGACCCGUUUCGCGAAGCUUGACAUCCUGGUGAAUAACGCCGCAACUGAUGGGAUUGAGCAUGUCAUUGAUCCAGUUUAUGGCUUAACGCCCGGUGAUGAAACGUUCAAUGGCAUGGAUGCGGGCCAGAGGAUCGAUUGGAUGUGGACCAGCUGCCGGCAGACGUACGAGACUGCGAAACAGGGCCUGCAGACAAACUACUACGGCACAAAGCGGGUGACGGAGGCUCUCCUGCCCCUGCUCCGAUCCUCAUCCGACGGAAGGAUCGUCAACGUCUCCUCCAACUUCGGAUUGCUAAGCUUUUUCAGGAACGAGGAGCUGAAGCAGGAGCUGAACGACGUCGACAACCUGACCGAGGAGGGGCUGGACGAGCUGCUGGCCAUGUUCCUGAAGGACUUCGAGAGCGGCGGGGCGGAGGCGCGCGGGUGGCCGGCGGAGUUCUCGGCGUACAAGGUGGCCAAGGCCGCCAUGAACGCCUACUCGAGGAUCCUGGCCAAGAGGCACCCGGAGCUGCGCGUCAACUGCGCGCACCCCGGCUACGUGAAGACGGACAUCACCAGGAACUCCGGGAUCCUGACGCCAGAGGAGGGCGCGCGCAACAUCACGAGCGUUGCGCUGCUGCCGGAAGGCGGGCCCACCGGCAAGUACUUCUCCGAAGGCGAGGAGGCAUCCUUCGUGUGAAAAAGCAUCUGUAAUAUACUACGUAGGAGUACUACUGUUUUGUUGCACUUUUUUCAAUAAAUGACAUUUCAUUGAAUAAAUAUAUCGAUGUGAUACAAUCGCAUGGAAAGAAA